AAAUAGCAGCCUCCUUUGUUGAAUUUCGGGAGAACUUGUCAAUCUCAGCAUCCAAAGGGGAAAAAGGUUUAGAGCGAGGAGCCACACCCUCCCCGUCUUAGAUGGGCAAGCAAACGGAAACGAUGGCGAUGCGCGUGCACAUGCCGCGGCGUUCCAGGCGAAAAGAAAAAACUUGCAUGCGAGGGUUUUCCUUCCUAGCUAUUCACCUAGACGGGAGCUACUAGUAGCUGUCGGCCUUGUGACCUACCUACCGUCUACCGAUGGAGCUAUUUAGCGCCUGAUGAUCCCGGCGCCCUGCUGCCCAGAUCAUAUCCAGCGGCGCUCCUCCGGCCAAAUCUUUCAGUGGCAUUUGCCGGUUGGCGUUUGGUCUCUCGGCCGCGCUAGCUGCGCCAUGGAGCCCUCUCUUGCUGCAGAGAUUGAACCGGCAGCAGGAGGGUGCUUCAAGGGGAAGAAGGGCGGGUACAGAGCCCUCCCAUUCAUCUUCUUAAAUGAGAUGCUGGAGAAAGUUUCUGGAUUCGGGCUCAACACCAACAUGAUCACGUACCUGAUCAGCAAGUACCACCUGAGCACCGUCGCCUCCCAGACGAUGCUGUUCGUGUGGGGCGCGAUAUCGAACUUCGCGCCCAUCCCCGGCGCCGUCGUCGCCGACAUGUACCUCGGCCGGUUCAUGGCCGUCGCGCUAGGCUCCGUCGCCUGCCUGAUUGGUAUGGUCUUCCUGUGGCUGAGCGCCACGAUCCCCGGAGCGCGCCCGCCCCCGUGCAACGCCGGCGAGCGGUGCGCGCCGCCGGGGGCAAGGCACCUGGCGUGGCUGCUCUCCGGCUUCGCGUUCCUGUCGCUGGGCGCCGGCGGCGUCCGGCCGUGCUCCAUGGCGUUCGGCGCGGACCAGUUCUCGAGGCACCCCAAGGAGCAGCGCUCCAGGAUCCUGCAGGCCUACUUCAACGCCUACUACGCGUCCAUCGGCGUGGCCUUCACCGUCGCCGUCACGGCCAUCGUCUACCUCCAGGACAACGUCGGGUGGAGCGUCGGGUUCGCCGUCUCCAUGGGCCUCAUGCUGCUCUCCACGGCGAGCUUCCUCCUGGGGUCGGGCCUCUACAUCAAGGAAAAGGGCAGGAGGCAGACGGGAAAUCUAUUCAUCGCAUAUGCGAUUUCCCGAAGACACAUAUCCUCUUUCUCGAGCCACGGCGGCUGGUGAGGGGUUGCGAGCUAGGGGGAGAGGGGGUGGCC